AUGAUCAAGGCAGAAGAAGAGGAGUUUGUGUCAGUGGAGGGAGAGGAGCAGGUCAAGGAGGGGGAGGAGCAGGUCACGGAGGGAGAGGAGCAGGCCACGGAGGGAGAGGAGCAGGCCAAGGAGGGAGAGGAGCAGGCCAAGGAGGGAGAGGAGCAGGCCAAGGAGGGAGAGGAGCAGGUCAAGGAGGGAGAGGAGCAGGCCACGGAGGGAGAGGAGCAGGUCAAGGAGGGAGAGGAGCAGGUCAAGGAGGGAGAGGAGCAGGUCAAGGAGGGAGAGGAGCAGGCCAAGGAGGGAGAGGAGCAGGUCAAGGAGGGAGAGGAGCAGGCCAAGGAGGGAGAGGAGCAGGCCAAGGAGGGAGAGGAGCAGGCCAAGGAGGGAGAGGAGCAGGUCAAGGAGGGAGAGGAGCAGGCCAAGGAGGGAGAGGAGCAGGCCAAGGAGGGAGAGGAGCAGGUCAAGGAGGGAGAGGAGCAGGUCAAGGAGGGAGAGGAGCAGGCCAAGGAGGGAGAGGAGCAGGCCACGGAGGGAGAGGAGCAGGCCACGGAGGGAGAGGAGCAGGCCACGGAGGGAGAGGAGCAGGCCAAGGAGGGGGAGGAGCAGGCCAGAGGAGAGGAGCAGGCCACGGAGGGAGAGGAGCAGGCCAAGGAGGGAGAGGAGCAGGCCAAGGAGGGAGAGGAGCAGGCCAAGGAGGGAGAGGAGCAGGCCACGGAGGGAGAGGAGCAGGCCAAGGAGGGAGAGGAGCAGGUCAAGGAGGGAGAGGAGCAGGCCGAGGGAGAGGAGCAGGCCAAGGACAACAGUCUCACAUUCUGA